AUGAGGCAGAGACGGCAACGCACAGAGUCUAUGGUGCAGCGCUUUGCCAGGACAUCCGUCAGUGAGGGUUUUGAUCUCUGGGACAAGGACUAUCUCUUAGGUGCAUUGCGGCUGUUCCUAUUUAAAGGUGAGACGGCCCCACCGUUUCAGGUUGGCCCUUGUAUGGAUGCAACUGGGGAAAUUCUUGUGCAGAUGGAGGAGUACGAGGAUGCGAGUGAGCAGUUUACGCUUGCGGCGGAGAAGUAUGCGCUCAUUCAGCGUAAUGAUCUGGCGCAGCUGAUGCGCAUCAAGGCGGCGGAGUGCACGGAUGGUCCUGAAGAGGCGCUUCGUCAAGUAACGGCUUAUGUAUCGGAGCAGCGGGAGAUGACACCGGGCCUCGCUCGUGCCCAUGCCUAUCACGCCCAGUUGUUGCUGAAAACGGCGAAGGAUAUUAACGCUGUGGCGCCUGAAGCCGUUGCGGCUGCCCGUCUUGCGUGCAACAACUGCUGGGACCGCGUGCAUGUGGGGUACGUGACGCUUGGCGACGCCCUUUGUGCUGCUGGCCGCCCGACGGAGGCGUGCGAGGAGUACCAGCGGGCGGUGGAGGCGAACGAGAACUGCAUUGCGGGGCUCGAGCGGCACAUGUCAGUCCUGCGCGACCGGCUGCGCGAGACCACCGACGGGGCAGCGCAGAGUCGCCUGCGGUCGGAGCUCCUGCGGCUGCUGGACGCGGCCAUCGCCCUCCACCCCCGCCCGACGCUGCUGCGGGAAAAGGCGUUUCUCCUCAGCGAGACGGCGGGCGACGCGGCCGCGCUGGACUUCCUCGAGCCCCUCAUCCGCAACCCGCCGCCGGAGGAGGCCGACGCCGCCGCCAACCAAACCGUCACCACGCUCCUCAAGGCGAAGGCGGCCAUCCUCGCCGACAGCGGAAGUAUGAAAGAGGCGCUCAAAGCCGCAGAGGCCGCCCUGCGCGAGAGCCCAGGCGACGAAGAAGCAGCCGCCAUCGUGGCAGAGAUACAGCAAAGCGUCUAG